AUGGCCGAUCUUGAAGGCAACAAGGUCCUUGCGAUCGAUUCGAAGAUGAAAGACAACGCCUCUUUUUCCGAGCCGCAACACGCGUCGUCACAUACCACCGACAAUAACCCUACGGUCAACGCUUCCGGACAUGUCCAAGAGCUCGAACGAAACUACAGUCUACUUUCUCUGGCUGGUCUUGGGUUGAUCGUGGGCAACGUGUGGCCAGCGAUCGGGGGCUCCAUCCUUGUUGCCAUUUUCAACGGCGGCCCUCCAGGCGUUCUCUACGAAUUCCUGGCAGUUUCUCUCUGCUACUGGACCGUUGCUUCGAGUAUUGCCGAGUUGGCCAGCGCCGUACCAUCUUCAGCUGGUGUUUAUCACUGGGCAUCCAUUACGCCUGGGCCAAAAUUGGGCCGGGUCGUUGGAUUCUAUGCGGGGUGGUGGAACUUCCUCGCGUGGACCCUUGGAUGCGCCAGCAUGUCAAGCAUCUUCGCCAAUACCGUCGUUCAAAUGUAUCAACUCGGCCACCCGGACCUCGUCAUUCAGUCAUGGCAUAUCUUCAUCGCAUUCCUUCUCACGACGUGGGCUGCGUGUGCCCUCGUCUGCCUCGCGAACAAUGCGAUCCCGUUGUUCAACAAAGUGGGAGUCUUCUUCAUUCUCGGGUCGUUCAUCGUCACUGUCGUGGUCAUGGCAGUCAUGCCGAGCCUGGGCGGUCGACCAGGAUACGCAACAUCAGCCUUCGUGUGGAAGGAUUGGAAAGUUGAUCCCAAUAUCGGCUACUCAGACGGGUUCGUCUUUGUCGCUGGCAUGUUGAACGGAGCCUACAGCGUCGGCGCCGUCGAUGCCACGACACAUCUUGCCGAGGAAAUCCCACGACCAGAACGGAAUGUUCCCAUUGCCAUCGCUCUACAGGUCGUCAUUGGGUUUGCCACCGGGUUCUGUUACCUUGUGGUCAUUAUGUACGCGAUCAACGACUACGAUGCCCUGUUCGCUUCCUCCUUCCCCAUCGCUGAAAUUUACCGGCAAGGAACCAACUCAACCGUGGGCGCCAUCGGCCUUCUCUCCCUCAUCUUAGUCUGUAUCGGACUAACAGUUGUUGGCUUGUACGUCACUUGCGGCCGGACACUCUGGGCCUUGGCCCGAGAUGGGGCGACGCCUUUUCCAAAGGUGCUUGGCAGCGUCAACCAUCGUUUGCACAUGCCAUUGUGGGCGACGUUGAUAACAGGAGUCCUCGUCACAAUUCUUGCUUGCAUCUAUCUCGGAAGCCAACAGGCCUUCUCGGCGUUAGUCGGCAGUUUCGUGCUGGCCUCAAGCAGCUCAUUUCUCGCUGCGAUUCUUCCCAAUUUGUUGACCGGGCGGAAGAAUAUUGUCUAUGGCUCUUUCCACAUGCGUGGGUGGAUAGGCUUCGUUGUGAACGGGGUGAGCUGUGCGUACAUGCUGGUGUGGUUUGUUAUCUACUCAUUUCCGGCCUCACUUCCCACGAGCGCGGCAGCGAUGAACUGGGCUCCUGUGAUAUGGGUAGCGGCUACUCUUCUGGUAACAAUUUGGUGGUUCGUGGGGGCCGGCAAGGACUACAAGGGUCCGGUCACGACAGGUGGUGUGGUGACGAUUGACGGCAUCUGA